AUAAGUGAUGAUCUCUCAACCGUCGAGUUGAGUCUGAACGCACCUAAUGAGAAACGCCGUUUUCAGUGAACAACCAUGACCUAACCUAACCUUGCCUUGCAAAGUGCUCAGGGACGCUGGACGCUGUUUGCAAAGUCGUGAGAACUCUUGUUUUAAAAGAAACGGAAUAGCGUUUUCUCAAACGAAGAGGAUUGUUUUAUAUAAAUUCUUUUAUAUUAUGACGCGACACGCAAGGAAUUGUACUGCGGGCGCGGUGUACACGUAUCACGAGAAGAAGAAGGACGCUGCAGCGUCUGGAUAUGGCACCAAUACUCAGAGAGUCGGCAAGGAUUCCGUCAAAGAUUUCGAUUGCUGCUGCUUGACUCUGCAACCUUGCAGAUAUCCUGUAGUCACGAAAGAUGGUUAUCUGUUCGACAAGGAGGCGAUAUUGGAGUAUAUUGUGACCAAGAAGAGGGAAUACGCGAGAAAACUCAAGGAAUAUGAGAAGCAGAAACAAAAGAAAGAGGAGGAAUCGCAAGAGCAAACUGCUAACGAAGAAUUGAAGAAACUUCAGGCUUUUCUGAAGGGUGAAAAAACCAUUGUGUCGAACGCUUCAAACAAUACGGAUGCAGCUUCAGUAUCCAACAUGAAGAACGGCAAGGACAAAAUGUUGCCCAGUUUCUGGAUACCUUCCAAGACACCCGAGGCAAAGGACGUUACGUUACAAAAGCCAGACAAGACUAUUUACUGUCCUGUCAGUGGAAAGCCAUUGAAAGUCAAGGAUCUUAUACCUGUAAAAUUCACAGAGGUUAACGAUCCGGAUGACAAGAAAUCGCUCAUUGUUAAGCAAGCAAGAUACAUGUGCCCUAUCACACAUGAUAUCUUGAGUAACAGCGUCCCUUGCGCUGUGAUCAGAACAACAGGUGAUGUAGUCACCAUGGAAUGCGUGGAAAAAUUGAUAAAGAAAGACUGGAUCAAUCCUCUGGACAAUUCUAAACUGACGCCGUCUGAUAUUAUUCCACUGCAAAGAGGUGGAACCGGUUACGCAUCUGUUAACGACACACUUGAGGGUAAACACGAAAGACCAGUAUUGCAAGCCUGAAGAAAUUGUGUCUCCCUGUAUUGCGUACGCGAGCUUUAAUUAUAAUUAAAUAUACAGAUUUUAGCAGUAUAUUAAUUGUGAUAAGUAAAUUUAUAUUCUAAGUGUAAAGAAUAUAUAAAUUAUGUAACAUAUGU